AUGCUUCAACUUAUGUUUUCCCCCCUUUUUAAAGUUGAUUUCACUGAAGUGGAACAAAAGCACAGCGGAAAUCUGUCACUGAAAACUUUGGAUGCUGUUGUGAAAGUGAGAAAACCCACUUCAUGCAGUGAUGAUGGAAUAGGGACCUAUCUCCAUUUGAGUGAAGAGCUGAAAGUUGUAUCUAAAUGUGUGGAUGAUUAUAAAGAUAACCACAUUUUCCUGCAUUGCUGGGAGCGGGCAGCCAAGAGGCUGAUGAACAACAUGGAGGAAUUAUGCACUGAACAAACUCUAGAUAUGGAGGAAGUCUAUGAUUGCUUAUUUUAUCCUUGUUAUAAGGAGUUCCAAAGGAUUUAUGACAGCUUGAAAUUGGGAUACCUCACAUUUGCUGAAGUGAAUGUUCUCUUCAAAGAUUUUAAUAAUCAUUAUGAAGAACUCAGACGUGAUUUCCAAAGUAUGUGCCAACUGCAGUAUCAAGAUAAUGGAGAAUGGAUAGAUGAACGGAUCCAGCAGAUCCAACAGUAUCAUGAAUUGGAUUUGGCAUUGGAUUCUGCUAAAGUUAUUGACAAAGUCAAGGAAGUUUUGAAACUUACUGGUAAUUUCUGUGUCCUGCAGCAAUUGCUGAACUUAACAAGUGAAUUCCAGUCCUUUCAAGAGGAAAUACUUUCUUCUAUGAGCUCUUCCUUGAUGCAUGCUAAGAAACUGCUGCAAGAUAUUACUGAAAAACGUCGCCUGUGCCUUGAAGAGCUAGCACUUAGGAAGGAGUUCGUUAACUGGGUCAAAGAGGCUUUGGAAGACAAAAAUGAGCUGAAAGUGUUUGUGGAGCUGGCUUCAAUAUCUGCAGGAGAGAAUGACAUGGAUGUGGAUCGUGUGGCUUGUUUCCAUGAUGCUGUGUUUGGCUACUCCUCCCUGCUGUAUGAUUUAAAGCAAGAGGCAGGAUUUAAGGAAUUCAUGAAGUGUUUGGAGAAUAUAUGGAAAGCUCUGGAAAGUGAUCACAACCUUCCCGAGAAGCUGCGUGAUUCUGCAAGAUACUUGGAUUGGUUAAAAACUAUCAAAGAGAGUCAUGGCUCUGUGGAGUUGUCUUCUAUAUCCCUGGCAACCAGAAUCAAUGAGAAAGGAAUCUACAGAAUUAAGGCCCCAGUGGAGGGACAGAAGGUUUGCCUGGACACUAUUCUGGACCUGACCAUCCAAGAAAGUCACGGGGACCAAGAGAAUCGGACGUAUUCUCUGGAAGAGCUUCAAGAACUAAUGAACAAGUUGAUGUUGAUGUCUGGAAAAGAAGAACAAAGUGCACAAGUGGAGAAAUUUUCUGAAGUAUUUUCUAACAUUCGGAGAUUCGCAUUGUCCUUCAUGAACCUUUAUUCUGCUGGAAACAUGCUUUUCCGAAACUGGAUUGCUAACGUACAUUGCUCACCUAAGAGUCUGUUUUGCAUUAAUAUGAACUUUAAUUUAAAUUCCAUCUGUGGCCUUUGUGGAAGUGGAGAUGUGGCAAAGGUUCUGCCAGCCAUGUGCAGGAAGAUGGAGAGUUUUCUGGAGAGGUGGAAUCAAUUCAUGUCUGAGAAGCGAUCCCAGUAUUUUUAUCUGAAUUAUUACAUGGCUGAACAGCUUGUAUAUUUAUGCAAGGAGCUUGGUUCGGGGAAACCCAGUGAGUCUGCCUUAAUGAUGCUGUCUUUCAUAAAACACAACUGCAGUAGACAAGAUAUUGAAGAAGUCUCCAAACUAGUGGUAUCUGAAAUACCAAAGAGUUUUGAUGUAACAUAUGGACACCAGGCAAGUAGAAGAGAGGUGACUGAACACCUGGAGGAAAUCUGGGGGUCCUACAUGGAGAACAUGGGUUUAUUUCUUCCACACUGCUUUGAUUUUGAAACUCUUGGUAGAUUCCUAUCUACUUUGGCAGAUUUAGAGAGAAGGAAUGUUGAACGAAUAUUACCACAAGGUCUUCAUUCUAGGCAGCCCAACCUCAUCCUUUGCCGUCGCUCUGAAAUUUUGGUUUCUACAAUUUCCAUCUAUAUGAACAAUCCAGAAGAGACGCUACCCUCUUAUGAUGAAGUCUUAUUGUGUACACCACAAACCAGCUUCGAGCAAGUGGAAUUGUUUAUGAGGCGAUGCCUUACUCCAAACAAGAAAGAAAAGAAGAUUUAUAGCUUACUCUUUGCAGAUGAGUUGAGUUACGAUGUUGGCUAUAAGUUAGAGGAACUAUACCAAAAACUACAUUUAAAACAUACCAGUGACUAUCAAUUAGUGAUGUUCUGCAACUGUGAGAGAGAAGACCGCUAUAUCCCCUCUGUUUUUAGUAAUUUCAUCAUUCACAUGACCCCUCUUCGACCCCCAAAAGACAUCCAAAGUUACCUUGGGAAGCAUUACAAAACCACUGAGCUUGGAAAUCCAUCAACUUCCAUAUUCAAGAAUAACAUGUGUGUUGGGAUUGUAUCUUCUGAAAGAGCUGGAAUGGGAAAAUCUCUCUAUAUAAAGAGGCUGCAUCAAAAAAUGAAAGCGCAACUGCAAGGACACAGAAUUCUUUUAAGAACCAUUCGGCUCAUUGAUCCUCAUGUGAAUGAAAGAAAAAUCCUGAACUCUUUGUUUCUACUCCUGGACCAAAAGUCCCAGAAACGGCCUAUGAUUCUGCAUUUUGAUAUUACUUCUUCUGUUCAGACUGGAAUUUCAGAAUUUUUGUUCAAGCUCUUCAUCUUACGGUAUCUGGAAGAUACAGAUGGGAAAAUUUGGCUCCGGAAACAGUGCCACCUCUAUGUUGCAGAAAUUCUGCAACCGUCCCCCUCACCCAAAAAACAAAGAGGAUCUGUAAGUACAUCCAGAGGGUUGAACUAUAGUUUCCUUGAUGUAUUCCCCAAAGUAAUUUGCAGAUCUCCUAAAGAAGUACUGGACAACAGUAUUCAGAAUUUAUUUCAUGACAGCAGUGAUCCUGGAGUAGAUAAAAAAAUGUUCCGCAGUGAAGCUUUUCAGAGACCAUUCCAGUAUUUGAUAAGAGAAAACAGAGGUGAAAAUCUUGAAGUGUUCCAGUAUAGAAAAGGCUCAGUGGAAGGGACGCCAGGAGAAUGCCUACAGCUGUUCUUGAUCUACUGUGGAGUGAUUGAUCCUUCUUGGUCAGAACUUAGAAACUUUGCUUGGUUUCUUAACCUUCAGCUGAGAAAUUGUGAAACCUCUGUUUUCUGUAAGGCUGAAUUUGUCCAGGACACUUUGCAGGGCUUUAAAAAUUUUGUGGUCAAAUUUAUGAUUUUAAUGGCAAAGGAUUUUGCAACUCCUUCACUUAACAUUUCUGAUGAAAGCCCUGGAAUGCAAAAUUUCGGAGAGGUUACCGAGGAAGCUCUUGCUCCAUUUUUGCUUCGGAAAAAGUGGGAAUCUGAACCCCAUCCAUAUAUAUUCUUCAAUGCGGACCGUACAUCUAUGACUUUCAUUGGCUUUCAUCUCCAGCUCAGUAUCAAUGGCAGCAUUGAUGCCAUCAAUCCUUUGAAUGGCAAUAUUAUCAAGAGAAAUGUCAUGACCCCUGAGCUGUACAUGGGAUUAGUUCUUCAAAAAGUUCCAUUCAAUAUUAAUUUUGAUGCAUUGACCAGAACUCAGAAAAUUGAGAAACUUUGCAUGGUCUUGGGGAUCGAGGAGCCAACCGAUCCUGAUGAAACUUAUGAACUUACAACAGACAAUAUACUAAAAAUGCUGGCCAUUGAAAUGAGAUUUAGGUGUGGAAUUCCUGUUGUCCUGAUGGGAGAAACUGGCUGUGGAAAAACCAGGCUUAUAAAAUACCUGUGUGAACUGCGUAAGAUUGGUGUCAAUGCUGAUAAUAUGAAGCUUGUCAAAGUUCAUGGAGGUACCACAGCAGAUGCGAUCUAUGCUAAAGUGAGGGAAGCUGAAGAUAUGGCAGGAUACAAUAAGUCGAAUUAUCAGUUUGACACCAUUUUAUUUUUUGAUGAAGCCAACACCACAGAAGCUGUCAGCUGCAUCAAGGAAGUGUUAUGUGACCACACAAUAGAAGGACAGCCUUUACUGCCCGGCUCAGGUUUACAGAUCAUAGCUACCCUUCACCCUCUCUUAGAAGAUGGUUGCAUUGAUGAUGAUCCACUUCCUCACAAAAAGGUUGGCUUUGUUGGGAUAUCUAACUGGGCUCUAGAUCCAGCUAAGAUGAAUCGAGGCAUCUUUGUAUCCCGUGGAGACCUGAAUAAAAAUGAACUCAUAGAAAGUGCAAAAGGUAUUUGCUCUUCAGAAUGUUUUGUGCUACAAAGAGUUGAGCGUUUUUUUCCUAUCUUUGCAAACGCAUAUGAAGAAAUUUGUAAGAAACAAAUUAAGGAAUUUUUUGGAUUGCGUGACUAUUACAGUCUUGUAAAAAUGCUUUUUGCUUUGACAAAUAAUUCUAAAAGCAUUCCAGGUCCCCGUAAAAUAGCAGAGGUAGUUCUCCGAAAUUUCAGUGGCAAAGAAGGUGUUGAAGUCUUGGAUACCUUUAUGUCUAAGGUUCCGGAAGGUGGAGAUGAAAAUUAUAAGGAUAUCAGUACAAUUGAUUUAGUUGAGCAGAACAUUUAUAGCGAUUACCAGGAUGGUGAAUGCCGAUAUCUGUUAGUAUUAACAGAAAAUUAUGCAGCGCUACAGAUUCUCCAACAGUGUUUCUUCAGAGAUGUUCAACCAGAAAUUAUUUUUGGUUCCAGCUUUCCCAAAGAUCAAGAAUACACUCAGAUUUGCAGGAACAUAAACCGAGUAAAAAUUUGCAUGGAGACUGGGAAGAUGGUUGUUCUUCUCAACCUACAAAACCUUUAUGAGAGCCUCUACGAUGCCCUCAAUCAGUAUUAUGUCCAACUUGCUGGUCAAAAAUAUGUUGACUUAGGUUUGGGGACCCAUCGAGUGAAAUGCAGAGUGCAUCCCAAAUUUCGACUGAUUGUCAUCGAGGAGAAAGAGGUGGUGUACAAACAGUUUCCCAUUCCACUGAUUAACCGGCUUGAAAAACACUAUCUGGAUAUUAAUACCGUACUGAACAAGUGGCAAAAGAACAUUGUGGAAGACCUGAGGAAAUGGGUAGAUGACUUUGUAACAGUUAAAACUGAGAAAUAUUUUAUGGGUCAACAAACAUACACACCUUCUGAUGUUUUCAUUGGCUACCAUUCAGACUCCUGCGCUUCGGUUGUCCUGCAGGUGACAGAAAACCUGAAAGAGUCUCCUCUUCCUCAACAGCUAAGGCAGAAAGUGCAAGAGCAGGCCCAGUUGGUCCUCUUGAACUGUGCCACCCCAGAUUCUGUAGUCCGUCUCGGUGACUCUAAACUGGACUUUUUAAGAGAAAACUUGGCUAAGAUAUACUUUCAGCAACAGCAACACACUUCCUUUGCCGAAUUUUUGCAUGGAUGCCUUCGGUCAGACUCUAGAGGCCAUACGGUGUUUAUUGAGGUCACAACCUUCUCCAGGCUCCUGACUGCAGCAGACACAGAGAUUUUGGCGGCAGAAUUGCAGCAUGAUUCAGACAGCCUGAAAGUUUUGUUCUUGCAACAAUUUGACACGGAGUACUCGUUUUUAAAGGAUAUUCAGAAAUUUUUUGCUGUGAGGACAGAUGGGAGUAAAAUCCUCAUUAUUCAGACUGACUUUGAAAAUGGAUCGCUCAGUGCCCAGCUCAUUGCCUCAGCCAGGUAUUCAACUGUUAAUGAAGUCAACAAAAUACAGAAAAAUCAAGCCAGGGUGUUUGUAAUUUUCAUCACUAAACUGUCACGAAUUGAAGGAGGAAGUUCCUAUAUAGGAUUUCACGGAGGGCUGUGGCAGUCUGUGCAUAUUGAUGAUCUAAGAACCUGCAAGGACAUGGUCUCGGAUAUAACAUCCCUCCGAAGCAUCGCCGUCAGCCAGCUGUUUUCUGAAAAUCUGGGAGAGUCUGCGGAGAAUCCUGAAAAGGAAGAAGAAGAAAUAGAGCAGGAGAUGGAAGUGGAGGCAUCACCAAUAUCCAAAUCAGAAAUACUUUCUCAGGCGUUGGAUACUACCGUUCUUUUGAGGAGUUGUGUUCAAAGUGCUGUCGGCAUGCUAAGAGACCAAAAUGAGGAAGCUGGUCGUAGCGCUAAGAGAAUUGAAAUUCUUCUUAGCCUCCUAUCUGAGGAAGGCAACUUCCUGAAGAUUACAAAGAGCCGUCUUACUUGCCUUUUGAAGAAACAGGAAGAGAAUUUUUUCCACGUGAAGGAGUGGGUGCUCCGGGAGGCCUCCAACCUUACUGCCCUCCAGGAAGGAGGAACGUUCAGACGCACGCUGUGGAAACGGAUCCAGAGUAUGGUGACCCCAUUUCUGGCCUACGUGAUAUCUAUUUUGGACAGAGAUUAUAAUCUGGAUUUGCUGGUUGAACCAACAAAAAAUUGUGUGAAAGCCUUGUGGUUAUUCAUCUUCAAUGAACUAAAACUUCUAGACAUCCCUUAUGUCAUGGGUCAGAGCAGCUCUCAAACAAAACCAAUCCAGGUGCAGAAUUACAUGGAAGUGUCUAUAGGGGCUGGCAAUAAGAUGCCUUUCAGCUGGAAGAUAAAGGAUUAUUUGGAAGAUCUUCGGGUUCAUGCACAACAUAUUACUAAUAAUGAAGCCCAUGCAGAGAAGUUUCUAGACAUCUUUCAGCAGACACCCCUGGGGCAACACAUUGCUUGCUACUCGGAGGAAGAGAAGGCCAUCUUUUUUCACUGCUAUGUCAGAGACUUUAUUCUCCUGGCAAUGGGUGUGACUUCAGAGAGGGAACUAAAUAUGUUGCAAGCGGCCCUCUUGUCAUGUGUGGAAGAAAUGAAGGCCGCCUCUUCUGGUGCAGGAACAAGAGUGCCCUCCCUUCCUUGGGUCCACCUUGGUUAUCAUCAGUUUAGGAGUCGUCUGCAGAACUUUUCCCGGAUUCUUGCUGUUUACCCUGAAGUGCUUCAUACCCUUGAACAAAGAGAAAAGAACAGAAGCUGCACAUUGCACAGCCAAAUGGUGCUAGAUGUGUUUGCUGCGCUGGCCUGUACUGAAAUGUUAUCCUCGGCAGUCCUGACAUGGAAAACUCGUGCAUGGCUGCAGAAGGUGAAGGACCUUCAAAUGCCCAUUGAACUUGUAUGUGCAGCAAAUUGCAGCCAAGGCAGUGGAAGCCAAUGCAGCCAAAUGCUUCAAGAGGUCAAGAGCCAAUGGAAUAGGGUGUUCUCAGUGUCCCUCUUUGUGGAGCAUGUGCUGCUUGGAGCAGAAACUCUGAUUCCAGAACUGAAGGAGCUGGUGAAGAAGUAUAUCGUAAAACUUAACAACUUUUCUUAUUCAAGGAUAUCUGCCAGUGAUUCAAGGAUAUUUGCUGAUAAGCUGUGUUUUCAAUGGGAUUCUGACAUCAAAACUAUGAGAACAUUCAUUGCAGUGAUGAGAAUGCUAUGUCAGUGCAAGGAAGAUGCCAGUCAAUCAUUUUGCAGGUUUGGUUUAAGGUCAUGCCCAAUAUGUUUGGGCGAUUCUAGAGAUCCAGUAAACCUUCCUUGUGAUCACGUAUUUUGUUAUGAUUGUAUCAAACAGUGGCUGGGGCCGGGACAGAUGAUCUGUCCACUUUGCUGGGUCAGUCUACCAGAUGAUUACAAUCCCACAGUAUCUGAGGAGCACAGCAUUGCCAUAAAGAAAAACACUCAGUUCCGUAAAUUAUGCGACAAUUUUUUCAUAGACCUGGUUUCCACAAUGUGUUUCAAAGGCAACAAUCCCCCAGAGAAAUCUGUGAUUGAAGAGCUAUUGAAUCUGAUGUUUGUGCACAAGUCAGUUUUGAAAGGCCCUGAAAACUUACAUACCAAAUCUUUGUCCCCCUUUGAUGAUGUGGUGGAUAAAACUCCUGUAAUCCGUUCUGUGGUGUUAAAAUUGCUUCUGAAAUACAGCUUCAGUGAUGUGAAACUCUACGUACAAGAGCAUUUAUCACGAGUUGAAGCAAAUCACAUCAUGGACAAGGAAGAUAAAAUAGAGCUGUACAUGCUAUUCAUCAGUUGCUUUGAGGAUUCAUUGUGUGAGAAAAUAGAAAAUUUCCCCAAAGAAACCAAAAUACAUUGCUUGGCAAAGGAUGGGUAUUUUCUGGAAAAUUAUAUUCAUCAGUGGAACCGCUGCCAUCCAGUCUCCCAAAAAAUUACCAUUGAGUAUUUGCAGGGAAUUGCCAACCUCCGUCUAUGCAUGGAUAGAGCUGCAGAGGUGAUCUUUGAACUUCACGAAACUUCAGACAAUAGUGAAGAUAAAGAAAAGCAAAUCUACUUGGAAAAAGUGAGGCAGUUCUUCCACUAUAUUCAGAAUAACUGGCCAAACAUUUACCUUGUGCGAAAGCUUACUAGCCAGUACGGGUUGGAAUUCACACAGAAGCUUUUGAGUAACCACCACUAUCACUGGGUAUUUCCAUCAGAAAUAGUUGAAGAGCAACAGCGCAUUGAUCGAUUCCUGGUUUGUGGCAAAGACUACAAAGCCAUACGGAAUGCUGUGGGGGAAGCAUUGAUAAAAUGCGAGACAGAAGCCAUGGCAGCAGCCCUGAAGGCAUAUAAGGACUCCAGCUCUGCACCGGCAGUUCAUUUUCUUUUGACUAUCUUCAGAGAGCUCACAUCACUGUAUAGAUGCAGAGACCCAAAUGCUCACCCUAAGCAGAAGCAAUGUGAUAUACUUAAAGAAUUCAUCCAGAACUCCAGGGUUUUUCCAUCUGCAAAACUGAAGGCAUUUGCUGAAUCUCUUGUGUCUAAUCAGCUCCCCUUGCUGACCCUGCCCCCUCUGUCUUUCGGCCACAACACGAUGGUGAUUGAAAUGGCAGUUCACACUGCAGUUGUUUUGUUUUGUGGCCAGAAUCGAAUCCUUCAACCUCUAAGGAAUCUGGCAUUCUCACCUAAUAUCAUGCUGAAUGCUUUUCUGCCAACCAUGCCAGAAGACAUGUUGACUCAAGCUGUGCAGUGGAAGUUAAAGGAAGUAGUUCAUUGGUAUAUAUGUCCAAAUGGUCACCCCUGUGUUAUUGGAGAGUGUGGUCAGCCUAUGCAUCGUAGUCGUUGUGUUGAUUGUGGUAUUCAAAUUGGAGGUGAAAACCACAUGCCAGUGCCAAACUUCCAAAGAGCAAGCAAUAUUCGGGACAGAACUCAAACGGGCCACAUACUUGGAGAUCCUAGGAAAAGGGAUCCAGUGAUCACACCAGAGAGGGAGUUGUCUCCAGCUGCACUAAUUCUGAUUCGCUUGCUCACUCAUUUGGCAUUGCUUCUGGGAGCCUCAAAUGAUGUCCAGGAAGCUGAAUUGAGGCAGGUGAAAUUUCUGCCAGAAAUUCUUGCUCUGCAGAAAGACUUGGUGAAGAGAUUUCAGAACAUCUCAGAAAUUGAGCAUCGCACAAUUGAAGAUUUUCUCAGCAGUUUUUCUUCAGGAGGUGUCAGAUUACUAAUGAAAGGCAGAGUGGAAAAAUUUCUGGAUGUGUGGAACAAGCUCAGAUUAUCCAUAGAAACAAAUGGUCAAAUUAAGCUUCCUAAAGAUUAUUGCAGUUCGGACCGCACUGUGAAAGAUCCAUUUGAAAUCCUUUUGCCUCGUCGAAGAGGUCUAGGCCUUUGUGCCACAUCAUUGGUCAGCUAUCUCAUUCAGUUGCACAAUGAUUUCGUCAACACCAUAGCAAAUGAUUCAAUGGAUGCCAAUAGAUACUCUGUCAGCCCUGCUGAAGUGGCCGAUCUGCACAUGAUCAGUUACGAAGUAGAAAAGGAUUUGAUCCCAGUCAUCCUGUCCAACUGCCAGUAUAGCGUGCAGAAAGGAGGAGAGGCCCUGCAGGAAUUUGACCUGGAAAAAAUCGAACAGCAAGUUGUCAGUAGAUUCCUACAAGGGAAGCCCAGGAUCACAUUGCAGGGCAUACCCACACUGAUACACAGAUGUGACCAAAACUAUGAGCAUCUGUUCAGCAAUAUCAAGACAAAGCUGAAAACUCAGAGCUCUCUUUCAAGUUCUAAAAUGGGCAUGAUCAGAGGGGACUUGGUGUCGUACACUGACAUCUGUGAUGCACUUUCGGUCACUGAAAUUAUUUUAGGAUUCUUGGCUACAACUGGAGGUGACUCACAUAUGACUUUGACUGAUUACACUGAAAAUGUCCUGCGGAUGAGCAAUCAGAUAAGUCUUCCAGUGAUGAAGGCACUGAGCCGAUGUCAGCUAAAGCAUGCCAUUUCAUUGUGGCAGCUCCUUUCUAGUCAUAAAUCAGAACAGCUGCUGCAUUUGAAAAAGGAUCCUUUUGGAGAGAUCAGCGCAAACUAUAAAGAGGAACUCACAGUGGAUAAUAUCGAUCUUCUCAAAGCUUUCCUCACCCAGACAGCGCUGGAGUCCUUCCUUCAAGAGUUGCAUGAAAUGAUCAUGCUGAAAUUGAAACAUGCCAGAACUGGAGAAGAGUACAGUCCUACGUGGAGCCUGAAAGAAGCAUUUAUUCCAUAUCUUGAAGGAAAAGGUAGCAGUGAGCUUCAGGACUUGGAUGAUAUGUUCCCAGAAGAUAUCCAGGUUUCCCAGUGUAUCGCUGCCUGGAAAAUAGCUGCUACUCUUAAACGGGGUGGAUGCGGUCCAGGAAAUUAAUCCAGACACUUUUCCACUCUUCCUCACUCUUCACUGAUGAGCAGAGCAGUGUAUUUAAUUGUUGGUUUUUCUUUUUACUUGUACAAAAAGAAAAGGAAGGAAAUAACAAAUUUUUGCACUUAGGGUGAUUCUAAAUUAAAGGAUUAUGGUGCUAUAUGUGAAUAAAUAGUGAUGCACAAACAUAAAGGAGUUGGUGCUUUAAACAAUGAAGGAUUUCUAGAAAAUACAAGUUGGAUAGCUACACUUGAUUCAAAGAAAAGUAUUUUAAUUGUUAACAGAUUUCUGAAAGGACCAUGUAACGUCUAUAACUUUGGGCUUAUAGACUUCAUUAUAAAUUUUCUUCUUUAAUCUAUUUAGAAUUGGCAGGGAGCAGAGAAACAAUCUAUCUUUUCUCAUAUACUGAAUUGUCUACUUCUCUAAGACUACGUAUUUGAGCAAGUAGAUAGAAUCAAGCAAGUAUGUAAGUGAACCAUCCCAACUAUGUUUUACUGAUAGUCUUCUGAAUUGAAUACUAUAUGAAACAGGCCAUGAAGUUGCGCUUUCUUUGAUUUACUGAGUUUUGGAAAUUAUUUUUUUUUCUGUUAAAAGAUGCUCUAAAUAAAUAAAAAAUAAAAGACUGAAAGUUUUUGGCUGCCAAAGAUAAGUAUGUUUUUAAAUAGUUCCAUUCUUUUUGAAUAGUUAAUUGACAUUUGUAUCAAGUUAUGCAUUAGGCAUUGUCAUUCCAGCCCUCUAGGACUUAAAGAAAUGGAGUUUGUGUUCUUCCUUCGAUUGUACGGGGAUAAUGUCUUAAUAGAGGUAGCUAUGCUGGCAGAGAACAGUAUGCCUCCACUUACUUUUUCACUAUUCAAAAAUUGCAAUUUAUAAAAGUUGCUUUCUAGUCUUUUUUUUCUUAUAAUAAAAAAAUCCUUGUUACAAAAGUGUUCAAAAAAAUCCUUGUUACAAAAGUGUUUCUUAUAAUAAAAAAAUCCUUGUUACAAAAGUGUUUCUUAUAAUAAAAAAAUCCUUGUUACAAAAGUGUUACAAAAGUGUUAUUACUUCUAUAGCACCUUACAAUUUUAUUACCUUUCUUGAGCUGGGGAACAUGAUUUUGGUUUUACUGCUUGACAUUUAGUUAAUUGACAUUUAGCAAUUCACCAAUUUUACCACAGAUUUCUUCGAAGGAGGGAGCUUUACCUCACAUCUCGUCAUUGCUAUGUGAAUGUAAUCCAUGAACCAUAGAUUUAACUUGUUCAGAGAUUCUUUGUGUGAGAGGAACCUUCUAUAAGAAUUGGCUUAUCAACCACACAUUCUAAUCAUUGGUGCAAAAUAAAAGUCACCCAACCUGCCACCUGUAAGGAAAAUUGGGAAGACGUUGCUCUUCAUGUGUUCUAAUGGUAAUUUCUCCUUUCAUUUUAGUUAAUGAGAGGGUAAUCUUUUCUCUCUUCGAUGGUAAUUUUUCCUGGUUUAUAGUAUGUCCAAUAAAGUCAGUUCUUU